AUGCCCCUCAUCCCUGACGAAUCCAGUCCUGCGUCGCACCAUGUCUUCACAUCCCCACCAGGAAGUUUGGGAGGCUUGGUAACGAGGAGCACCCCUUCUUCCACUGUCCAUAGCCGGGAAACCUCCGCCGUCAGAGGAAGACCGGCCGAUCCCUCCGCGCUAGCCCCCUCGUCCCUACAGCCUCAGAACAAACGUCGCGGUCAUUCGCAUUCAAAAAGCCCCGAAACGUCGAGCGGUCGUCCCAGCGCCGCCGCAUACGAUGCCCCCUUGGAACGGCGGCCCUCUAAUUCGUACGGUCAUCAUCGCCAGACCUCCAUCGUUCAUGGAAUCCAACACUCUCGCAACCCCAGUUUCGCCGCUUCCUCGACCUCCACAAGUCCUCUAAGUCCUGAACUCAUCGCAUCCCUCGGCCGUGGCGGUGGUGUCGAACCGGAUAGUGCUGCCGCUGCGCGGCACGACCAGACAGAUAUGCACGCGAGUUACCAAAGCCCCGGAGGCAACGCCUCGAACCAUUCCCUAACGGGGACACUGAGCACGAUCGAGGAUCAGGACACCGACGAGGUCGGCAGUCAUAGCCCCGCGAAUACAGUCCAUCGAAGAAUGAACUCGAGUGGCAAGCCGUGGAGGGAACGCUCGCAUAGUCGCUCGCACUCUAAACACCACUUCGAGUCAAAAACCGUGGGGGAAUAUGCCUUGCAUCAUCUGUUCAACUCUUUUGUCGGUCAGGCGGAUAAUAAGAUAAACCAGGCGAUCAUGAAACUGGGAGAGUCGGAUGCACCGGUAGAGCAGGUUUGUGGGCCAGGCGCUGAUACAAACUUUGACCAAUUGAUCUCUGCCCUGGGACAUAUUGCGCGACAGAAGCCAAAGCCUUUGAUUGAUACCAUCAUGUUUUGGCGAAAAGCCAAAGGAGAUGCCGCGAUCACGGCCAAACAGGUGGCCAGUCAAAACAACCCUUUGGAGAAUGGGUUGCUGAUCCGCCGCAACACUGAGCCACCGCAUGUAAUAGCUGAAUCCCAGAGCGAUCCCGCAGCUUCCAAUAACAGCCUUCUCCCGCGAUCCGACGAUGUCGUUUUGGCGGAGCGGCGUGCAACCGUAUCGGUAUACCUUGUAUGCAGAGUGUUGAUCGAGGUUUUUAAUCAGAGCAGCCUUGCCUUGAUCACUCUCGAGAUGGCCGAUCGGCUAGAAGACAUUGUGUUUAGUCAACUCAAGACCGUUGACCGCGACCAAAUUACCGCGUCCCCACUUCGUAUGGCUAAUUGGAGAAUCUACUCCCAGUUACUGGGUAUCAUGAGUGAGACGAACUUUACAAGUGUAACUACUCGCUUUAUUGCGGAGCUGGACAAAUACCAAAAGGACGAAACGCUGCGAGGCCCGUCCAAGGAGGGCGAUGCGAAAGCUGAGCUUUUGGUUUCGGGCAUGAGGCACCUUCGCAUCAGAACGCAGCCGGAUUCCUGGCCGAAGUCGUGUGAUUUCAUGCGAUCGUUGGCUCGGUUGUUUGUCAACGCUCACGGGCAGCGAUUAAAACAGGCAUAUUGUUACAUUUUUGAGAAGCUUCUCCUUACGGUAGCCGCAAACCCAAGCUGUGAUCUCUCUUUGCCCAAGUGGAAGGAGUUUCUAGAUCUGGUCCAGUCGCGAUUGACUCAGAUGCUCACCAAGCCUCGACAUUGGGCUGCUGCCUUCCCUCUACACGUUCUACUCCUCUGUGUUUCGUCGAAGGAAAUCUUUUCGUCACAAUGGUUAUCGGUCAUCGCCAGUCUCCCGCCGCGCUUGAAAGAUCGUCCAACCCGGGGCCCUGCUCUCCAGGCCAUGUGUCGUUUAUUAUGGACGUACUUUUUCCGUUAUUCCGAUUCGCCGAAUAUCACACUUCGAAAAAUCGACGAGGUCGCGAGAAUAGCAUUACCUCAGGGAAAAAGGACGUACCUGAGCACGGAGCCGGCGGUUGCGGAUCCUUUGAUACAGUUGGUACGCAUGAUUGGGUUCAAACAUCCGGACGUCUGCUUCCGCAAUAUUAUUUUCCCCAUGAUCAACUCGGAUCUGUUUCUCUCCGGAAAGGAGCUGAAAAUCGAACAAAUGGAACCGGAGAAGAUGGUAAUCGGAAUCAGGGCUUUUCUCGCGAUAGUGACCGACCUGGAGACAUGUGACCAGCUGUGUCCGCCGUUCCCAACCGGUUCGAUUCCAAACCCCUUUACAGACAUAUCUGCAGCAACGAACUCGCAGUGGCCCCAGUUUCUCACAGAUCCCCGCUUGCCAAACUCAUCGGACAGCCGGGAUGACGAUGCCCGUCCGGUAAAUACCUCAAGACUAAGCGACAACGUAAAGGCCUACUACAUUCGCUUUUGUGAAACUCUAGGGAAAAUUACGCUCCUGUGCGACAACACCUUUGGUGGCCAGGCGGCCUUGGAUGAGAAGUUUGGCGGUGCAACCCCCAAAACCCCGAUUUCAGAGGCUUUCAGCUUUGGGAGACGUGAUGACCAUCUCAGCACCCUUGACCAAAAGCAGGGGUUUUACGAUCUCCUCCACGUUGCUGUUCAGGCUCUUCCGCGGUGUCUGUCUGAUCAUAUUCCGUUCAACUCCCUAAUCAACUUGCUUUGCACGGGAACAGCACACAUUCAGUCCAAUAUUGCUUCCUCGUCUGCCGAAUCCUUGAAGGUCAUUGCGCGGCAAUCUCAUGCCCAACAAGUGACUAUUGGCUUUGCUAGAUUUAUUUUCAAUUUUGAUGCUAGGUAUUCCACCAUGUCGGACGAAGGGAUGCUUGGACCGGGCCAUAUCGAGUCCACAUUGAGACUUUACGUUGAACUGCUGAGGAUCUGGAUUGAGGAAAUCAAGCAGAAGACGAGGUGUGCAGCCUCCGACUCUGGAGAUAAGACUGCUACCGGAAGUCGUGCUCUCCAGCUGGAUCUCUCAACGGUUCUUGCCCAUGUUGAGGAGAUCGAGUCUCAUGGUCUUUUCUUCUUGUGCUCCCAAUCAAGAAGGGUACGGGCUUUUGCUAUUACUGUGCUGCGCCUGAUCACGGAGUUCGAUAGCGCUCUUGGCAAGGAAAAUACGAGAAUGAUCAGAAUCCUCGAAGCCGACUCUCAGCAAAUCCUGGAUGUGAACGAUGAACAGCUUACGGUAGCCGAAAGAAGUCGCAUACAAAAAGGAAAGCGCAGGAGUGCAUCGCACAAUACGCUCAUCGAGCUUUGCAGCAGUGAAGUUUCCUAUGAUUCAACUUUGUGGUCGAAAGUAUUCCCAAAUAUCAUUCGUAUCAGCUUUGAGACCUGCCCCUUUGCGGUCACACUAGGUCGGGAGAUUGUCUGCGCAAGACUUGUUCAAAUGCACAAGACGAUAACGUCACUUGCAGAGAGCUCGCAUCCUCCCUACUAUGCUCCCAUGGAUGUGACGCAAACUCGUCCGCUGGGGAGGAACAACAUGACGGCAGAAAUUCUGAUCGAACAGUGGAAACUGUAUCUGGUCAUGGCGUGUACGACUCUCAACAGCGUCGGCGCACAAUCCCAGAGUCAGCUAGCAAAUGCUCAACAUACACGGAAGUCUUCUAAGGGCUCCGCCCAACAGUCCCAUGACAAGAUCAGCUCCGCGAGAAGCUUGUUCGCUUUCGUGAUACCAUUAUUAUCGGCUGAGCGGGCUUCAAUUCGCAAUGCCAUUGUGGUGGCUUUAGGAUCCAUCAACAAGAACCUUUACCGUACACUGCUCGAGUCGCUUCAAUACGCCGUAACAACCUGCAACGAGGAGGCCAAAUUGCGGAUGAGCACUCAUUACAGAUCUCCAAGCAGCCCAAGACGCAACCGCAAGACGGAUCGGCUGCGAACCGAGGUGACGCAUGUGUAUAAACUUACGUCUCAUUUUCUACAGGAACCAGAGGUAUUCACGGACGACUGGAUUGUCAAUAACCUUGUUACAUAUGCAAAAGACCUGCGGAUUUUCUUGAGUGAUGCCGAAGUGCAAAACGAUUGGGAAUUUCAACGACUGCGGUUUCACUACUGUGGAUUGAUGGAGGAACUAUUCGAAGGCGUCAACCGUACGAGUGAUCCAUCGCGUUGGAUACCAUUCGAGUCUAGGAAGUCCGCAUUCUCCUUGAUGGAGGAUUGGUGCGGUUACUCGCCCAAUCAAUCUCAAAUCUCCCAGAGGGAAGAGACCAUGCGGAAAUUCGCCAUUUCACAUCAGCAUGAGACUGGCGAAAUACGGAAUACCGCAGCUGCCAUGGAAAUAGAGAAGAAAAACCUUCGUGCGGCAGCUCUCAGUGCCAUGGCAUCCUUGUGUGCGGGCCCCAUUAGUAUCACUACGGAGAGUGGUGCCGUUCUUCAGUUCGACGUGGGACGUAUGCUCUCGUGGGUAGACAUCAUUUUCAACACAAUCAGUGACAAGUGGCACGCCAUUGGCAGGCGAGCGCUCAAAAACUUGAUAAUCCACAACAAGGAGCAUUCAUAUCUGUUGGAACGAUCAAUCGAAAUGUGCUAUGUCACCGAGCGACCCAAGGCAUUGGAGAGCUACUUCGAGGUAGUCACGCAGGUGCUUAUCGAGCAUACUGACUACCCACUUGGCUUUUGGCGAAUCUUGGGAGCAGUCCUCGUCACGCUCGGCAGUCAGAAACGGGAGAUCAGGAUGAAAUCCGCCAAGCUACUACGCAUCUUAGAAGAGCGGCAGCAAAAGAACUCCAGACUCCAGGACUUUGAUAUCAGUAUCUCUGACAAAACCACGGCUGUUUACAAACUGGCGCAGUUUGAGACGUCCAAGCGACUGGCAAAACAGCAUUCUGACCUGGCUUUUACCCUCUUUUCUGAAUUCUCCUUGCACUUCAAGAACCUACGUCCCGAUAGUCAGCGAAACAUGGUCGCCGCCAUUCUUCCUUGGGUCCAAACUAUGGAAUUACAAGUGGACCCCAAUGGUGGCCCAACAGUCAAAUCUUAUAUGCUUUUGGCCAACCUUUUCGAGAUCACCAUCCGGUGUAGCACCAUUCUCCCCAACGAAGUCCAAGCUCUCUGGCAGGCGUUAGCGACGGGUCCUCACGGUGGAAAUGUGCAGUUGGUGCUUGAUUUCAUUAUUAGCCUCUGCUUGGAGCGCAAGGAGCAGAACUUUGUGGAAUACGCAAAGCAAGUGGUUGUGUUCCUCUCGGGAACUCCCGCUGGGUCUAAGGUCAUCGAGUUCUUUUUGAUGCAGGUCGUCCCCAAGAACAUGGUACAGGAAAGAAAGGAAAUCACGCCGGCUCCCCCGGAUAUCAAGAGCCUUCCUUACGUCGCAGAUCUAGCGACCGUACUCCCGGUGGGCAACAAGCAGGCAGGGCUUUCCCUCGGUCAAGUUGCACUGAUCUUCCUCGUAGAUUUGAUGGUUGCUCCCGUCACUCUUCCACUGGACGAUGUUGUCAAGUUGCUACACAUUGUUCUCAUUCUCUGGGACCACUAUACGCUCACCGUUCAGGAACAGGCGCGAGAAAUGCUGGUGCACCUCAUUCACGAGCUGAUCGCUGCCAAAAUUGAAGACGACGCGCCUUCCGGAACACGGCAGUCACUCGAGGACUUUGUCGAGUCCAUCCGCAAGAGCGAUCCGAAGGUUGUCUGGGAAUACGAAGACAACAGCGAUAAUGAGGGUGACGACGGGAGCCGCGUUCCCGUUUCAAUGUCCAGUGUUACCCGCACAGUUGUCAAGUUCUUCAGUCUAGCGUACGAAGGCAUCAACGACCUAUGGGCCAAGGAGGCUCUGAACUGGGCCACCUCAUGUCCUGUGCGACACCUGGCCUGCCGUUCGUUCCAGGUAUUCCGCUGCAUAUCUCUAUCUUUGGAUUCUAGGAUGCUUGCAGACAUGUUGGCCAGACUUUCGAAUACCAUUGCCGACGAAGAGGCUGAUUACCGCACUUUCUCUAUGGAGAUUCUUACAACGCUUAAGAUCAUCAUCAGCUCCUUGGCCCCUGCUGAUCUGCUGCGGUACCCUCAGCUCUUUUGGACCACGUGUGCUUGCCUUAAUACCAUCCACGAAACCGAGUUCAUUGAAAGCAUUGGUAUGCUGGAGAAGUUCAUGGAUCGUGUCGAUUUGAGUGACCCAAUGGUCGUAUCUGAGCUCAUCAAGGGCCAGCCCCCUAAAUGGGAGGGAGGAUUUGAUGGCCUCCAAAACUUGGUCUAUAAAGGAUUGAAAUCGUCGGAAUCGCUCAACAAAACACUCGAUGUUUUGCAUCGUUUGAGUGGUCUGCCUAACAACGAACUUAUCGGCGAUGGUAAUCGACUGUUAUUUACAGUGUUGGCAAACCUUUCUCACUUCCUCCAUCAAUUCGAUCCGGUCACUGCCGAUGGGCCUAUCGAUGAUCCAAAGACCCUAGCGCGGGCGACCCUGCUGGCACGUAUAGCUGAAGGCGAAGGAUGCCCCCGGCUUGCGGCUUCGCUACUUGGAUUUGCCAAUGGACAGUACAAAGCAGAGAAUGAUUUCCUGGGCCACAUCGUGACUGAGAUUCGUUCAUAUUAUUUCCCCGAUAAAGACGUCCAAAGUCUUAUCUUCCUUAUGGGGUUCCUCACCAAUACCACCGACUGGUUCCGGGUCAAGGUGAUGAAGAUUCUCUGUAUGCUCAUCCCCGAGAUCGACAUGCGGCGCAGCGAAGUGACUUGCCACGGGCCUGACUUGAUAUCUCCUCUGCUGCGACUUCUGCAGACCGAACUCUGUCCUCAGGCCCUGCAAGUCAUGGAUCAUAUUAUGACGGUGUCGGGAAAUCCAAUGGAACGCCAUCACAUCCGAAUGAGCAUGGCCUCGUCAUCAUCAUCGCGGGCCAUCCGCAAAGAGUACGAGCGGAUCCAAAGUCUCUACGGGAUACCAGAGCCGACUGGUUGGUCCAUUCCAAUGCCAGCUACUCAGUCCACAAUGACAAGGCACAACGUGCACGCCGUGUUUUACACCUGUGCUGAAGUGGACCGCAUGGAAGUACAAGAGACGGUCAAUUCCGAAGUGGAGUUCCACGCAGACGAGUACAACGACUCGUUCUUCCCUAUGCGGGCUGACACCAUGAAAUCAAUCGAUACGCAGGCGGAUGGCAACAUCGGAGAUAUCGUCCAGAAACUAGACAGCUUGGAUGAUUUCUUUGAAGAAACCGAAACAAUUAUGCCACCACUUGAUCAUUUGCCUGACUCGACAUUGCGGGGCUUCACUGGCAACUACGCCGACACCACCGCCAACCUCUACGACCAGCAAACAGCGCCCAUCCUGCGGAAAUCCCUCGCGCGCACCAGGUCAAAUUCGUCGUUCCACAACGGCCUCGCCGAGUCCCGACCUCCAAACACGCGGUUCGAUAGUGCACCUACCCAGUCGUCGGCCACCUCCACACCCCAAUCACACAACCCGCUUCCUCGGCCAGUAUCCCACACACGUUCCGUCACCUCACCCGUCAACCAUCUGUUCUCUCCGACCUCUUCCAAUGUCCAGUUCUCCACCCCGCCAAUCGGGUUCAGUGAGUCGGCCUUUCUAUCUGACGACGAAGUCGACGACGGUAUCUAUGAGAUUGACGAACGUUUGUUAAAUCAUAAAUCCCCGGUGCCCCACCAGAUGUCGCAAACACGCAGUGCAACUGAUGGAUCCUCAUCUAUUGAGUCCAUGAUCCGCAGCGGCAUGAGACGACUCACUGGUGGCGCAACCACGACUCGAGAGAAGGAGCGACAACGGGACCUGGUUCGAGCCCAACAACGUGCGGUUGCUCAGACGGCGAGCUCUCCACGCGUGCCCAAAGUACCACCGGAAUAUCUUUCAGGACCAACCAGUAACCCUGCAUCACCUGGGCAGUGAGUGACCUGAAACCUGAAACCGCUAUCUGUAUCUAUAUACUUGUCCUUCUUUUUACAUCUCUUCUCCUUUUCUCACCUCCUCAAUCCUUCUCUACAUCAACCUCCUUUCGUUUUCUCCUUCUCUUCGACUCACUCUCUCGUUUCCCUUUUCAUUUACUUUCAUCACCCCCCUUCUAUCUUCACAACCGACUGCAUUAUAGCCCCCAAUGAACGCCCGGCAUGAUGUUUACAUUUACAUUGAUCUUGAUAUUAACAUGACCAUGGACAUGGAUAAGGAUAUGGAUACGGUAAAGGACAUGGAUAAAGAGGAGUUUCAAGACCCUGUGCUUUUUUCUUUGUUUUCUUUUCAUGUUGGUUUAUACAUACAUACUAUCAUUGACCUGAGGUUGCUGGAUCACAUAACUCAGUCACAUAACC